AACUCGGACUCGGAAUUUUACUUCUAGUUUUAAAAACCAACACUAAUGACAGUUGGCAAGAAAAAUCGAACACUAAUUUCCAUUAGGUUAAUAAAAAAUAAGUAACGGAAAAACAAGAAUUGAAUUUUCUAGGAAAAAUGCCUGGAAGUGGGAGUAUUUCUGAAAUGAAAAUCAUUCAAAUAGUAACACUCGGAUUAUUUUUUUCCACUCUGUUGUUCGUAUCAGCAAAAAAACAUGCAGAGAAACCUGAAUGGGCUAAAAAAGAUAUCAGAGACUACACAGAUGCCGACAUGGAAAGACUGUUAGAUCAAUGGGAGGAAGAUGAAGAACCACUAGAAGAAGAUGAGUUACCAGAACAUCUUCGCCCAAUGCCUCAAAUAAACCUUAAUCAGUUGAACCCUGAUGAUCCCGAAGGGCUUUUACAAGCCACAAAGAAAGGAAGAACCUUGAUGACAUUUGUACAGGUAAGAGAAGAUCUUACAAGAGACGAGACUGAGGAAAUAACCAAAUUGUGGCAAACCAGCCUAUGGAAUAGCCAUAUUCAGGCUGAGAGAUAUCUUGUCGAUGAUAACAGAGCUAUAUUCCUUUUCAAAGAUGGUUCGCAGGCAUGGACAGCCAAAGAAUUUCUGGUAGAUCAGCCAAAAUGUGAAAGUGUCACAAUAGAAUCAAAAGUGUAUGAAGGAAAAUACAAAAAAGCUAAACAAGAAUUGUAAAAAUACUCAUUUCACUUCAUUUAUAUUUUGUUAAUAAAAUUCAAAUAUUAACCCGUCA